AAGGGUGACUCAAUAGUGAAACCGAGUUUGACUGUACUUUGCGAUCUUUUUGAUUUCAACAAAUACUUAUCAAAAUGACUAUCACUUUACCACCACCUGAAAAGGACAAUCAGCCACCACAGCCAAAUCCACUCAAUGUGCUGAACCUGCUGCUCUCGAAACUGAAGGCCAUGGAAACAUCGGAAUCGUCCGGAGAAAUAACGGACGUGGACAUGGAACUCUGCAACAAGAUUUUCUACAUUUUAAAUCCCUCGGCGGCUCCACAAGAGGAGGCCGCACCCGCGGAGGGUGAGGCGCCCGCGACCGAGGGCGGCGAGGCACCGGCGGAAGGAGAUGCCGCGCCACCAGCGGAAGGCGAUGCACCGGCCGCCGACGACGCCGCGGCAGCAGCACCACCGGCCGAGGAGGGCGGCGAGGCGCCACCGGCCGAGGUCCCGGUGGAAUCCGCACCCGAGUCUGCACCGGUCGUCGAAGCCGCUGCGUAAUCCUUCAAACGUGACGGAUGGCCAGCCUUUCCCAUAUAGCACCACAUAUUUUCCAUCUGUUGACGUCACGAGAUCACGCAUAUUGACAUCCAACGCACCAUCUACAUACACACACAUGCAUACGAGCUUCUCUCUCUCUCUCUCUCUCUCUCAUAUUUUUUUUUGUUCGAACGCAUUUUAGAUCAUUUUGGGGUAGAUGUAUAUCUGCAUGCUGCACCAGACACACAUAUACAUAUACGCACACACAUAUUAUACGAUAUACAGGAUGGAAAUUGGGUCCAGAGCCGAGGGAGAAAGAGUCGGAAAUAUUAUAUCGUCUCUUUCUCGUUUCCACCGGACAGCAUCGGCGGUGGCAGGGCAGAGAAAACAAGUCUGGCAAAUAAUAAAAAAAAAAA